CCCCGGUCCUCAUGGAGUUCCUCACCACCGUCUGCAUAUUCCUCCUCUUUUCGUUCAUGCUAGUAAAGCUUCUCAAUCCGUACAAAGGCAAGGAGUCUGCUCUGAAAUUGCCUCCAGGGCCAAAGCCACUGCCGAUUAUAGGAAACUUGCACCAUCUUGGUGGCUCACAAAUGCAUCAUAUCCUGAGAGACUUGGCCAACCAAUAUGGACCGCUGAUGCACCUUAAGCUUGGUCAGGUUUCCACUCUCAUCGUGUCUUCACCAGAAGUUGCCGAAGAGUUCAUGAAAACACAUGAUAUCAUUUUUGCCAAUAGGCCUCGGCUUCUAUCGGGCAGGAUACUCAAUUAUGAUUGUACUGACAUUGCCUUUUCUCCAUUUGGUAAUUACUGGAGACAGCUGCGUAGAAUCUGCAAGAUGGAACUUUUAAGUCCCCAGCGCGUUCAGACUUUCCGAUCCAUUAGAGAAGAGGAGGUAAUGAAUCUAAUUGAAUCAAUUUCCUCCAACAGGGGUUCAACAAUCAAUCUUAGCAGCAAGAUUUUAUCUUUAACAUAUGGGAUUACCGCACGGGCUGCCUUUGGCAAGAAGAGCAAAUACCAAGAAGACUUCAUCUCUCUCGUAAAGGAAGCUAUAAUAAUCGCUGCAGGCUUCACCAUAGCUGACAUGUAUCCUUCGGUUGAAAUCAUUCAAGUCAUUAGUCAAUUGAAUCCCAAGCUCAGGAGGUUACACAAGAACAUCGAUGCAAUACUUGAAAACAUUGUCAACGACCAUAAAGAGAAAAGCUUAAAGACAAGAGGUACAGAUGAAAAAGCAGAAGAGGAUCUAGUGGAUGUUCUUCUUAACAUCCAAAAAUCUGGUGAAUUUGGAACCUCACUAACCAAUAGCAGCAUCAAAUCAGUCGUCAUGGACAUUUUCAGUGCUGGAAGCGAGACAUCAUCCACAACCGUGGAAUGGGUCAUGUCAGAAAUGUUGAAAAAUCCAGACAUCAUGAAAAGGGCACAAGACGAGGUAAGAGAAGUUUAUGACAGAAGAAGAAAUGUUGAUGAAUCAAGGCUUCAUGAACUAGAAUACUUGCAAGCAGUGGUAAAAGAAACCCUGAGGCUACAUCCCUCAGCACCACUGUUGCUUCCAAGGGAAAACAGUGAACAAUGUGAAGUUAAUGGUUAUGUCAUACCUGUAAAUACAAGAGUUAUUAUCAACGCCUGGGCUCUUGGCAGGGAUUCCAAAUACUGGACUGAAGCUGAGAAAUUCAAGCCGGAGAGAUUCCUUGAUUGUCCAAGUGAUUAUCAUGGGAAUGAUUUCAAGUACAUGCCUUUUGGAGCUGGAAGAAGGAUAUGUCCAGGCAUAUCAUUUGCUUUAGCUAGUAUUGAACUACAACUUGCACAGCUACUGUAUCAUUUUGACUGGAAACUCCCAAAUGAACAGAAGCCAGAGCAACUGGACAUGAGUGAGGGCUUUGCUUUGACAGUGAGGAGGAAAAAUGACCUGUAUUUGAUUCCAAUUCCCAGUAGCUGUUCCUUUCUGGAAUAAUUCUAAAUGUGGUUUUGGGGCAGUAACGGAGCUUUGCAGUUUGGCAUAUACGCUUGGAUAGUGUAUUAUUUGAAAUAUUAUUUGGA